UAAUAAAAAUAGAAGAAAAAAAAAAAAAAAAAAACACAUUCAAUAUUUACAUAAAGAAAACCGAAAAAUAGAAAAAAAAUUUCAAAAACAACAGUGAUGAAUUUAUAAUGAAAAUGUCAUGUCAAAAUGUUUACUUUAGAUGAAGCAAAUUGAAAAAAAUAAAUUGUUUAAGAAAAAUGAAUAAAUUUUAAAGCUAGCAAAGAAAUAAUAGCUCCCCGUACAUAUCCUUUAGCAAAUAUAGUAAAAAAGUCAUAUCCUUAAAGAAAAGAAAAAUAUCUUAAAAUAUUCCAUAAUAGUUUAAAUAUAGUAUUAAUUGAUAUAAGAAAAAAUUUGGUCCUUUAAAUAAUAAUCAUAAUUAAAUAAUAAAAUUAUAGUGUAGUGCAAGUGUUAAAAUAAUUGAAAUUAUAACAACGAACACCUGUUUCAUGAAAUUGUUGUUAAUUUAACGAAUUACAGAUUUUUUUUUUUAAUUUUUGUAAAAAAAACAAGUUACUGUUACAUUACAUUGUGAUUUUGUUGACCCAGCAACAAUAACAACAACAAACAAGACAUAAUGAAGAAAAUGGAUUUAACUGGCAACAAAAACAGCAGCAACCAGAAAUGAAAACUAUUUUAUAACUGAAACUGACAGCGAAACAAGAAUAAUUGCAACCUUUUCUUAACUCAAGUAGCGCGCUGAUACCGAUCGUUGAACAAAUGAACAAUCACCUGAAGGAAGAACACAAUUCAAAAACGGAAAAACAAGUUAAUUAGCGUUAAAAAAAAUCGCAUUGCAACAGAAAAUAUAAAUUAAAAUAAAUACAAAAAUAGGGAAAAAAGAAAUCAAGAAACACACAAAAUAAAAAAAUAUAAACACAUAAAAGAUUCAGUUUAUAUAAAACCCUUAAGCUUAAGCGUACCUUUAAAAAUACAAAACCGGUAAAAUAAUAAAAAACUUGUUUUGAAUUAAACAAAAAAUACAUAAAACAAUGGUUAAGGUUGCAUCAUUUACAAGUGAAAAUGUAAAUUCUUAUCUACCAUGAAUCAACAGCAACAACAACCACACCAGCUAUAUCACCAACAAACAAACAUCAACAGAAAACUUGGUUGCAGAACGGGCCCCAGCUAAAACCGUAAAAUAUUAAAAAAAAUCCAAAAAAAAUAUAUAUAAUAAAAAAUACAUAUAAAAAACAAGGCAUUUGGAAAAUUGUUACGCUUCAGAAAUUAAAUUGUAACAUCCGCCAACAGGAAACAUUAAAAUUGUUCUAGUUUGUUUGUAAUUUUAUUUCGGUUUUUUUAUGUUGCCACUGAUACAUACAUGCAUACACUAGUACAUACCUGUAUAAUUUUACUAUACCUGCGAGAUAAUAAAUUAUAGCAAAAGUGAACAGAAAAUAUAUAAAUAAAUCCAAAUUGUAUAAAAUAAAAUUACCCUAACACAAAUACCCUACACACAUACAUACUUCCUCUAUAUUAAAAGGAAAAAGAUACUUCAACAACGAACUACCUUGUAAACAAAUAAGUAAACCUCUUUUUGAAAAGAACAAAGAAAGGGAACACAGCUCAAAAUGGAAUUGUUAAAAUUUUCCCGUCUAACUGUGCUUCUAGUCUGCCGCUAUUAUUUGGGUUUGGCAACACUUUUUAUAUUUGUUGCCCAUCUAAAUUUAUCAACUGGUCAAAUAGAUUGGGACGACGAUGAUGAUCCAGUCUCAACAGUAGCAGUUGAAGCGGUACUGGGUCGUACAGCCACUUUACCAUGUGACAUCGAACCGGAAGCCAAGGAUGAUAGAGUUUAUAUGGUCCUGUGGUUUCGUGAAAGUGCUGGUAAACCACUUUACAGUUUUGAUGUACGGGGGAGACCUUUCGAGAAGGCUUUGUAUUGGUCUGAUACAAAUUCAUUUGGUCCCCGAGCUUAUUUCGUGACAAGCAAACAACCUGCCAAAUUACAAGUUGACAAUAUACAAUUAGACGAUGAGGGAGUGUAUAGAUGUCGUGUUGACUUCCAAAAUUCACCUACACGGAAUCAUAGAAUAAAUUUAACGGUUAUUGUUCCUCCACAUCAAAUCUUGGUAUACGAUGCAUCGGGUCGAGAUGUUGCCGGUGCAGUGGGUCCUCUAUUUGAAGGCGACAAUAUUGUGCUGACAUGUGAAGUUCGUGGUGGUCGUCCCGAACCUGUAGUAACAUGGAUGAAUGGCACGCAACAAUUGGAAUCCGGUAAUGGUGUUUCAAUGGGACGUCAUGUAACCGUCAAUCGUUUAGAAGUUCCGCACAUAACACGUUCAGCAUUGAACAAUACCUAUCGUUGCCAGGCUUCGAACACCAAAUUAGUACCACCAGUGGAGCGCAGUAUUCGAAUUGAUAUGUUGCUUAAACCGACAUCUGUUAAUCUGACAAACAAGCAAAAAGUUUUCUCAACGGGCACUCAGUACAACUUGACCUGCAUAGUGGAAGGUUCUGUGCCGGAUACAGAAAUAAAGUGGACACAAAAUAAUCGUCCAUUUAAGAGAGGAACGUUAUCUACAUCCCAAAUAAAUGGUAAAGUUCUAUCUACACUCACCUUUAAUCCACAACCAGAAGAUGAUGGCACCCUACUUAAGUGUGAGGGAUCAAACCCACGCUUACAAAAUUCAGCUUUAGAAGACUCUUUAAUGCUCAAUGUCAUGUAUCCACCACAAGUAACAUUGUCAUUAGGCUCCACAUUGAAACCGGAUGACAUUAAAGAAGGCGAUGAUGUUUAUUUCGAAUGUCAUAUUAAAGCAAAUCCUAAGGAACAUCGUAUUACUUGGUCACAUAAUGGUGUUCCCGUUACUCAGAAUGUAUCUUGGGGCAUUAUUAUUUCAACACGUUCUUUGGUAUUACAACGUGUGGCACGAGUACAUGCUGGAUUGUAUGCCUGUUCAGCUGCAAAUGAUCGUGGGGAAACAACAAGUGCCAUGGUGAAUCUAAGAAUAAGAUAUGCUCCUGUUUGUAGCACGAAUGCUGUAAUUGUCAUUGGUGCUUCACUAGAAGAGGCUGUGCCCAUACCCUGUCGCGUUAAUUCAGAUCCACCAGAAAUUGACUUUGAAUGGACUUUUUCUAGUAGUGGUGAACAUUUUGAAGUACCUUCUGGUCAUUAUGCCACAAUACAAGAGGCUACUACAACCGGUGAUAUACAUCGUACCAUUGUUGAGUCCAAUGACACUCAUUUUGAAACUUAUGUAGAGACUGUUAGUGAAUUGAUUUAUACACCAAAAGGCGAACGAGAUUAUGGUACAUUGGCUUGUUGGGGUAGAAAUUCAAUUGGCAAACAAUCAGAACCAUGUUUAUUUCAAGUUGUACCAGCUGCAAAACCUGGAGCUUUGCGUAACUGUACAUUGAGGCCAUAUGUAGUGACCUCAGCAUCGUUAAAUUCAUCGAAUCAAACAACAAUGCAUGCCAAUCAAAUGAUGAUGCCAACACAAUAUGGAAGGCACGAAACAAAUUUCCCGCAUAUGGAAUAUGUACGUGAGAGGAAUAAUGAAGAGAAACAGCAACAACAACAACAACCAAAUCGAAACGGUAGUAACAAUAGUAAACAUAUGAACAACAACAAUAAUAGUAAUAGUAGUAACAACAAAAAUCAUAACAAAAUUUACAAUGAUGGUAUUAAAGGGACAAACAAAAAAUCUAAUAAUAAUAAUAAUGGUAGUGGUAGUGGCAGUGGUGCCAGUUCUGGUCCUGGUGUUGCUAGUAAUAAUAAACGAACUAACAACAAUAUUAAUCAACAGCAUAAUAUACAAAAACAGCAGAAACAACAACAACAACAAAAUUAUAAGCAACAAAUGAUUGUGCAAAAAUAUCGCAUUCCCUUAAAUCCCCAACAACUGCAAAGACUAAAAAAACGUACUUCUUUUACACCCUCCCAAACAUUGGCCAUCAUUAAACGCCAGCAGAUGGAUAAGAAAAAACAACAACAGCUACAGCAACAAAAACAACAGAAAACUAAAAAUGCUAACAACCACGAGCAAGACGAAACUUCAGUUGCAGAUGAUGAUGGUGAUGGCAACAAUCAUAGUAAAAGCAACAAUAAUAGAAAUAACAACAGCAAUAAUAAUAGUAUAAAAAUGAUGGGGCCACAGGCAACCGUAUCAAAAGCAUUUAUCAAUAAUCAAAGUGAUGGAUUGUCAGUGCCAACAACAAGCAACUUAAAAAUGGACAUAAAUACAGUAGUAACAGCAACGAAAGGAGGAACGUCAGCAACAGCAACGGUAUCAGCAAUGACAACAAAGAAAAAAUUACGUACAAAACGUGGUGCCAAAGAUAAAAACCACAUCAAUAGCAAAACAGCAGCUGCAACCACACCAGUAUCUAAGAAUGAUAAUGACAAUGAGGAUGAUGACGCUGCAAGAAGUUCAAUAACAACAAAGAAGAAAGAUCACCAAUACCGCCAGUCACAGUCACAGCAGAACCAGGAAAUGAAAAUGAGGCAAAAACAUUAUCCGCAGCAGCAAGAACAAACCCAAAAACUUUCAAAGAGUAAAAAGAAAAAAUCUAAUUUAUCAUUGCGUUUAGAGAAGACAAACAAAAAACUAACUGGCGUUGUUAAUGCAAUAUCAGCCACCACAAAAAAGGUAUCAUCAACCAGCAACAACAAAAACGACAGCGAUAGGUAUCACAAUAAACAACAUAACAAAAACACGCACAAACGUGAUAAAAAUACAAUGAGAGUAAUUCAUCAUCAUCAGCUACAGCAGUCACAACAGCAAAAACAUGAACAGCACCAAGAAAUAUUAAAAGUAACACAAACAACGAAAGCAAUAGCAAUAGAAGAUGCCAAUAAAACAAAACAGCAAAAAAUGAGCUCAGCAAAAAACCAGCAACAGAAACGUGUGACAAAACGAGAUGUUUCCACAAGAACUUUAGAAAAAAAUCAAAAACUUCCAUUAAUACCUCAGCAACAGGAAUCUGAAGAUGGUUCAAGCCUACAACGACAUUUAGAGGACAACGCUAAUGAAAAUUAUGUCGCACAAACUAGUGUAACAAAUAAUAAGACAUGCAUUAAAUGUGAUCUUCAUUAUCAUCAGUAUCACACUUAUCAAAAAGAAAUCAAUCGCUCGGUUACGAAAAACAAACUGCAGAAUGACAAAAAACGUAUACGGAAAUCUCUAACACAAAAAGAACGUUAUUUUAUCAAAAUAAGUAGCAACAAUACACUGCAUGACAACAAUACUUCCAGCAACUACAACAAUUUGCAUUUACAGUUUAAUGAAUCAACAAAAUCGAACCCUAGUAAUAUUAUAAAUAGACAAUCAAUGAUACUACCCCCAAAUAAACCAGAAAUCACCAAUAAACCUUCACAACAGCAAGUAGACCAAAAGCAACAACUACUAAAACAGGCGGAAACUUCUUUACAACCUCUAAAAUCCUUAUCUUAUGAAGACUCUAGUAAAGAGACAUCAUCAGGCUCAUUAACAGCCCACAACGCAGCUAUAUCUGCGGCAGCAGCAUCAUCAUAUCAAAUUGGAGAUGAGGACGUUGAGGCAGGAGAUGAUGAUAAUGAGAAUGAUAAUGAUGACGAUGACGAUGAAGAACAAUUGGAAAAUUUAGAAAUGUUCGAAAAUAACAACUCAAUAUACAAUCAUGCGAACAAAAAUAACUACACUGAUGAAUUACAAGCCUUAGAAGAAGACGAAGAUGACGAUGAUGAAGAUAAUGGAAGUACAACAAAUUUGGAAGAAGAAGAGUUAGAUGAGGUGGAAGAGGAAGAAGAUGAGGAUGAUGCUGACUUAUUAGCCGAAAUGGUUGAUGAUUAUUCAUUAAAUGAUUCAAAAGUCUUGGAUGAAGUUAUUUCAACAAUAGACAAUGCUUUACAAACACAAAUGACUUACAAUACAACUGAACAAUAUGCAACAGCAACACUAACACAACAACGAAAGCAAUACAGCAAGAUACCACAACACUCCAAUAAUAAGCCAGGAAAUGUCGAUGAAGUUCGCCACAAUAAUGAAAUCAGCAGAAACCAUAUCGAUGAUAAUACUCAAGGCAAUAAUCAUGUUGAUAACGAUGAAAAUAGCAAUGACGACAACGGAGAUGAUGACGAUGAGGAUGUUAAUAAUGAACCGCAUUUUGAUUAUUCACGUAUGGAAUAUAAUUUUCAUAAUGGCAUUGCCACCCACAGUCUUAUUAGUCCGUAUGGUUCUUCAGACUUGGGCAAUAAUGGUUAUAAUAAUGGUGGAGUAUCUGGUAGUAGUAAUGGUGGUGGUAUUGCCAGCAUUUUAGGUGGAACUGGUGGAGGCGGCGGUGGCACUAUUAAUUUUGAUAAUUAUGAUAAUAUUAUUUAUUCGACAAUGGAAUUGGAAUGUAUGCCAGGUUAUGAUGGUGGUCUACAGCAGCAAUUCUAUCUGGAAGCAUACGACUCGAAAACAAAGAAAUUACGCUUAAAUACAUCCAGCACGUAUGCAGAUGUGCCAAUAUUUCGUGUGGAUUUAAGUGAUUUAACACCCAUGGACUAUUACCCAGAUCCAAAUCCAGCCUUACAUCUUGUUGUCUACAGUGUUAAUCAAAAAGGACGCUCAGAGGCAAUUGUUUUAGAAAACAUACCAAUUAAUGAGGCAGAAAAACGUUCCGAUGGUCGUAUGGGUUUGUCCAUUUUACCUAUUGCUGCUCUUUUAACUGGUACACUAUUUACUGUAGGCAUAGCUGUACUAUUUGUUGUUGUAGUGGCUGUACGAAAGAGGCGUUGUCAGGGUGGUCGUAAUAUGUGUGAUGACAAGGACAAACAUUUAGGCAUGGAUGUUACCGUUACAGCCCCUCUAGAGACUGGACCCGGUCAUCAACGUUUAGUUGUGGCGUAUACUCUAAAACAAGGCAUCGAAAAGCAACCGGAUAUAUUGAGCGCUCAAAAAAAUGCAACUGGUAGUGCAACGUCAUCGCCAUUAGGAAAUCGUCCAAGUGGUAUAUUCAUAGAUACAAAUACCAGCAAUGGUGGCGUGGGCUCAAAAGCAACAAAUUAUGCCAAUACUAAUGGUGCUGUGGGUGGUGCGGGUAAUAAUUCAUCAACAGGAAACUAUGAUUCACCUUCGUUGAACUACACUGACAACAGUUCCGAUCCUCUGCAACAGCAACUCAAUAGCCCUCCCUCACAAUCGAGUACCCUUAAGCUGGGUCAAGAUUCUAGAAAACCAUAUCAAACACCUCCACUAUUAUACGAUGCUCUUAAUCGUCAUGAUAUAUCACGCUAUGAUCCCCUACCCUUAAGUAUGAAUUAUGGUGGCAGUAAUAGUACAUUAAGUUCUGGUGGUAGUGCUGGCAAUAAUUCACUCACCAACACAGCAACAGCAUCAUCGGUAAUGCAAAACAAUUUAACCAAUGGCCACUAUACAAAUCAUCAUACAUUGCCACAUUCAAGUGCGGCAUUACAACAACAUCAAUUGCCAUCAACCCAUCAUACUUUAGGCUCUGAGAAACUAUCAAUUGCCGAUUACCUCACUGCCAGCAGUUUAAUUGACUAUAAUCUAAGUAAAUCAGCAACGGGGAUGUUAACGAAUGCCAUGGUUGGUUCCGGUUGUGGUGCGGGAGGUGUUUCAACAAAUCCCUCGUCAUCCUCGGCCACAACAGCCAGCUCUAUGGGUCAUAUGACCUUACCCAAAGGUUUAGGUUUAGGUUCUAUAAUAGGUGUUAAUAAUGGCUCAGCCACUGUACCCACAUCGACUCUAACACCUUCAGCUUCCACAAAUCUAUCGAUGACACAAAAAUCUACCGCUAAUCGUAAUCAUAUUAUAACAGAUACCCUACCGGGUCCUGAAAGUUGUGUUUAAAUAUAAAUUUAGAGUUUUAACAUAACUAUUAUUAACAAAAAAAUACUUUAUCAUAGUUGUAUAUAAAACAAAUUUUUAAGAAAAGACUGCAAUAAACUAAAUAAUUAAAAAGAAAAUUAUAUAUGAACUAAAAAGGAAACUCUUAAAAAAAGAGCAAAAUAAAUACAAUAUAAAAAUAUAUAAAAAAUACAUUAGUUGAAUGCAUUUUUAUGUAAAGGAAACUUAAUAUUCCUAUUAAAAUGGUAGUUUUUUAAUUAUGAACAAAAAGUAAAAUACACAAAUACAAAAGGAAACGAUGCUUAAAAUGUACUUAUUUAAUACUAAAAUAAAUAUUUAUGAACAUUUUUGAAUAAAACGAAACAAAAAAUUAAACCCAGUUGGAAAUUUUACUUAUCCGUAGGCUUAAUCCGUUUGUUGAUAAUAUCCAAACGAUUUUAUAUCAUAAAAAAGAUUUUUAAAAAUUUUCAAAUUAUUUAAGGAUUCACGACAAUAUAUAGGCCACACAGGAGGUCUUCAUGCUAUCAAUUCAUUCAACUUAAACUUAUCAAAAUUACUAUAACGCCUUCGAGCUUCCAGAAGUAGGUAAAAAAUUGCCACUGUGCCAUGAAGGCCAUGCUGGAAAUGAACGAUCCGAUUAUAUGUCCAAAAACCAUAAUCAUUAUUGUGGUCAGAUAAUUACUGAAUUUGAAUAAUUUACACAUAAUCUUCCUCAUUACCAACCAAAAAAAUCCUACUGGGUUUAAAUUUGUUUCAUUUACACCUAAGUUCCAUACACAAUUACACAAACAGAUAUGACAUGAAAUGAAUAUAUAAAGUUUAUUGAAAUCUAACUUAAAUUAUAAAACCGAAAAUUGAAAAACGAACUAAAAUUAUAAACAAAUA